AUGAGCUCUCAUUUACGCGCAGGUUUCUCCGCAGCUCGCAAUACAGCUCACACGAUCGCAUCCCAGUCUCGGUCGCGAGCAUGUUUACAACCAAGAGUCUCGGGCCCAACCACCUUCAAGAGAAACGCUACGUCGACUACACCACAUUCUCUGAUCUUCGAUCCCGGUGAAAUGGAGGCUUCAAGAUGUACCGCAGAGGGUACUCGAAAGCUCAAGGAGGGUGACGUUCGCACUGCCAACAGCCUGUACAAGCGAAGCGCAGAAAUCAAGCGCAAUGCCAAUUCGCUCUUCAACCUCGGGAUAACUCACUAUCAACUGAAGGAAUUCGACGAAGCUAUAGAUGUCUGGAAAGAAUCAGUAGCAUUGCAGCCGCAAAGUGCCGACGUCCACGCUAACUUGGCCAGCGCAUAUAUCACUUCGCCGUUGCCGCGAGCAGACCUCGCUCUACAUCAUUUACACAUCGCUUCUUCUCUGUCUCCAGAGGACCCCGAAAUCACGUUCAAUCUCGCCACAAUCUUGGAAGCCACCGGUCGCCUCGAACAGGCUUUAGAACAAUACAAGCGCUCUAGAGAGUUUGGAGCUGAACGUGCGGUCAUGCAUAUUCAAGAUGUCACGGCAAGACUACGAGCGAAAGAGAUGCAAGAGGCGAACAUGUACAACAAUCUUUGA